AUGCCUGGAGACCAGCGAGUGGAACAGGACGUGGAGUCGUAUGGCUCAAUACGGUCCACCACCAGAUGGAUGCCAAAGAGGAAUGCAGUUCCUUGGCUCCGAUAUGUUUGCGCCAGCCUUGCCGUCAUUAUUCACGUCUGCUUCAUUGCGUUGAUCGCAUGGGUGAGCUGCUCUUUCGCGCAUUGGGAUACGUUAGACGAACCUUGGUCGGAGCCGAUCCAACUUCGUAUUGUGGCGAAUCGGCAUUCUGGCCUGGCAGAAUGCUGGAGUCCUGGGCCGCUCCUGAAUCAGGGCAGGUUCCUUGCAAUAGGGACCGACCCUGGGUAUUGCGAGAUGAGGGCAUCCAGCAUUUCCAGCAAUCGCUUCAGAAGCUUCAUAGCAUUGACGUUGGGCCCACUGGUUGUGAUCCAGACCGUGCUACAUUGGUUUCAAGGAACGCAUUUUCCGUUGACAGCCGCACGGAGCUUCUUCAUUGUCAGCACUGGACGCGAAAUGGAGUGGAAGUUGCCCACGGUUGAUGUGGUCUCGCUGCUGACCAUGAUGGCAAUGGCAGUUUUUUUCUUCUACUGCGGCAUGUGGUGUUGUGUCCUCCUGUACAUGAAGGUGCACGAUGACGGGCUUCGUCAUGCGUCAACUUUCGUGCAGUUGCUUUUGUGUCUUCUAGGCAUGCUCUCCAAGCUCAAAUCUUCUUUGAUAUUUGUCGUCAUGUAUUUGAUCCAUUGUUGCAUCAUCUCUUACGUUGAUCCGCUCGUCGUUGCAUUUAUCCCAGUGGUAUUGCUAUUUGUCGUGGUGCUCACCCCCACCAUCCGUGGAACAGGCAUUGGCGAGACCAACGGGUUGUUCGCAACAAUGAAACAGGUGCUGCUUGACCUUGCUUCGGCCGUGUUUGAGUAUGCAUGA